CUUUUCUGUUCUUGCAUCUCUUUCUUUCAUAUCGUAUCAAAACCUAUCUAUUGGGAGAAAAGGUGAUAACUUGUUUUUUAAUCUUAGAUAACAAGGUUAGUUACGUUCAAUUGCAUGCCUACAUAACAUGGUCAUCUAGCAAAGCAAAAUACACCAUUAUUAGAGUAUCAAAAGGGUGUAAAUAACAAAUUAACAAACUGGAUCGAAGAGCACAUGGAAAGAGGCCCUUUCCUUCCGAUCAUCAUGAAUCGGAGGAGAAAGAGGCCGCCGAAGAUCAUCUCCUCUUUCCCGUCUACUCGGCGCGAUCCCAACAAGACAUGUCUGCCAUAGUUUCAGCCCUUUCUAGAGUUAUGGGUAGCAAUGAUCAUAUGGUUGGUCAACACCAAUCUCACCCUCUUCAAAUGCAUGGAAACCCUUCAAUUUCAACCGAUAAUUCCAGCAUGGCCCUGCAGCACCAUCAAUCUCAGCCUCUCCAAGAAGAUCAAGGGAACAAAAGGAGUACUAUUACUAGAAGACACUACAGAGGAGUGAGACAAAGACCUUGGGGCAAAGGGGCCGCGGAGAUUCGCGAUCCGCAGAAGGCGGCGAGAGUAUGGCUUGGUACUUUUGAUACGGCGGAGGCUGCAGCUCUGGCGUACGAUGAAGCGGCCCUAAGGUUCAAAGGAAGCAAAGCUAAGCUUAACUUCCCAGAAAGAGUUCAAGGUGGAACUUUUACUAAUCCUAGUAUUAGUACUGAAUUAGGUUAUAGUAACUUCAGUACUACCACCAAUAAUAUUCUCAUUAAUCAAGAUUCCGCAGCCAAUAGUGCAACAAAUCCUCCUUAUUAUCCGCCAAUUACACAAUAUCCUAAUCAAUAUCACACAGCUUUUCAGUAUGGUCAGUUUAUUCAGAGUACUGGAGAUAGUACUACUACUAAUGUAAGUUAUAAUGAUCCACAAAGUUUUUAUGGAGGACAAUAUCAAAGGUUAGAUAAUAAUAAUCUUCCUCAAGUUUCAAUGAUAUCUACUCAACAACAAGAGGAGCUUCUGAGAUUGCCCAUGCAGUUUGGUUCUUCUUCUUCCACAAUAUCAGAUCCUUUCAGAAGUAGAAGAGAUUAUAAUUCUAAUGAUGAUCACUAGAAAGUAUCAUGAUAUAUAAUAUACACAUAUAUAUACACCCUAGUUCGUAAGGAAGGAGAGAGAGAGA